AUGGCCAUUGGUCUAAGUGAAGGUCAAAAGAUCAAUGUCGAAUUUUGUCGCAACGUGGCUGACUGUGUCUCUGUGCAUGUCGAACCGUAUACCGAGGAUGACUGGGAAAUUUUGGAAUUGCAUGCAGGCUAUGUGGAAGAGAAUCUAUUAAGUCAAAUCCGUGUGGUGUAUACAAAUCAAUUAAUGUGUGUGUGGAUUCAUGGAAGAACAUUGGUUCGCUUACGCGUCGCUCAAUUGGAUCCGCAAAAUGGUUACGUUAAGCUCAAUACCAAUUCCGAGGUGAUUGUCGCCCCCAAAGUCAGAAAGUCAACCAAACCCGCCGAUAUUGCUGCUCAACAAUUGUCAUCUGUAAAACAACAAAAAGCGGCUCCCUCGGUUUGCUUGCGAACUUUUCCUCAAGCCAUCCCGGUUCCUGGUCUCCCGGUCACCGAUAUCCCCUCUGUGAUUAUUCAUCCAGAUUCUAUGGGAGAAGUCGCCGGCCACACUUUGGCACGGAUUACAAAGGUCAUCCCAGGAUUCAGUCGUCGCGAUACAAACAAUGAAGAGAAUCAUGAGACAACAGCUGAACCAAUCUUGCAGACAAAAGCCGUGUAUGUAUCUGUCAUCCCCUCCAAUGCCGUGCCGAUCGGUCACAUUCUUGUUGCACCGUGUGUCCGCCAAACGUUGGAGAUCAAGGACUUUGACUAUACCAAAGUGUCGGUCGUGACCCACAAAAAGUCCUCGCCUGGUGCUCUCAUCUUGAGACGAUUUGUCACUAGCACUACGAAUCCCUCGUUAAAGAUCGGAUUGGAUGCACAGAAUCAAGCUCAACAAAAGGCUGCACGCGAUAAUCAGUUCAUCGAGAAAGUGCAAGAGUGGUUGUCAUCGGUCCCUCACGAGACACUGGUGUUGACCCAGGGCAUCACCUUGACGUUGCCUGGCGAUCCGCAAGAGCAGUGUCUGAUUCAAUUUGGUCAGAAGAAGGGUUUGUUUUCCUCUUCUACGAACAAUACCGCAGCACCUUUAGAAGAUUUGACCGAGGAAUAUGCUGUGAUGUCGGUGGCGCAAUGGAAGAAAUUGGCCCUAGACAUUGGCGAAGAUAUACCACAAGCAAGCGAAAAUGCCAAAACAAAGAGUGCUGCAAGCCACGAUAUCAGCAUGGGAGGCGUACAGAAACUUUUGGAUAAGCUUCGUCAAUAUACCAUCGCCAAUGUGGCCGAAAAAGAACUCAAGGAUACCUUAUCCAUUCCAUCAUCGGGUGGUGUUCUGAUCACAGGUGCUCACGGCUCCGGCAAAACAAGCCUCGUGAAGAAAUUGAUCCACUCGGUCAGUCAUGAUCCUUCCGCUUUGAUUUACGCUUUGGAGAUCAACUGUGCUGAAAUUGCCGAAGAAAGAAUUCCCACUUUGAAAGACAUGUUGCAGAAAUGGUUUGACGAAGCAGCAUGGCACGCUCCGUCUGUCAUUUUCUUUGAUGAUUUUGACCGUUUGAUUCCAGCUGAAGUCGAGCAUGCGGAUUCCACUCGUUCACGGCAUCUUGCCGAACUUUUCUUCCGCUUAGCAUCCACCAUGACCAAGCGACAUUCCAUUGCCAUCAUCGCCACAUCCCAGCAACAGCAGUCGGUUCAUCCGUCGCUGGUCACCAACCAUGUGUUUAGCGAACUGAAACAUUUGAACCCACCCAACCGCGAUGAACGAAAGGAGAUUUUACGUUCCAUUAUGGCGGACGGACCUGAAAUCCUGACGAAAAGCUUACCACGAAUUGACCUGGUUUCAGUGGCAUCCGAGACAGAAGGUUAUCUGGCGGCUGACCUUAAAGCGCUUGUUGAACGGGCCGUUCAUGAAGGAGCAGUCCGCAGCAUUAAAAAAGAUUUAGACGCGGGGUUAAUCGAACAAGAGCACACUCCGACAUUUGAAUUGAAGCAAGAAGAUUUCACAAAGGCUCGGGAUGGUUUUGUCCCUUCCUCCUUGCGCGGGGUAAAAUUGCAGAGCUCCGGUGUCCAGUGGUCGGAUAUUGGUGGUUUGAACGAAACAAGGAAAGCCUUGCUGGAAACUUUGGAAUGGCCAACCAAAUAUGCAGCGGUGUUCUCACAGUGUCCCCUGCGACUCCGAUCAGGCGUGAAAGGUCCCGAGAUUUUGAACAAAUAUAUCGGUGCGAGUGAAAAAUCGGUGCGUGAUUUGUUCGAACGGGCCCAAGCUGCAAAACCUUGCGUUCUUUUCUUUGAUGAAUUUGACUCGAUUGCGCCUCGCAGAGGUCACGAUAGCACUGGUGUAACCGAUCGUGUGGUCAACCAGAUGCUGACGCAAAUGGAUGGUGCAGAAGGCCUAGAUGGUGUUUACGUUCUUGCUGCCACGAGUCGACCUGAUCUUAUUGACCCUGCCUUGCUUCGUCCGGGUCGUCUGGAUAAAGCUUUACUCUGUGGUAUGCCGAGCUUUGGCGAACGUCUAGAAAUCCUGGAAGCUCUUUCGCACAAGAUGACGCUGGCGUCGGAUGUGGAUUUAAGAGUGUACGCUGAAAAGACGGAAGGAUUUUCUGGAGCCGAUCUGCAGGGUUUCUUGUAUAAUGCACAUUUAGAAGCGAUUCACGGUGCGAUCAAUAUCGACAGUUUCCGUGACCAGCAAAGCAAAACCAAGGAAGCUUCCAAAAACGAGGACAAGAGUGAUUUCAUCAUGAUUGGUCAGGUAUCACCGUCGUCCGCCAAGGCACCGCUCACACGCGCCGAGAAGGGCCAGAUAUCGCAAAGAUUGGCGAUGAUCAAGAAAGGCGUGACCCGUCCCGUGUCGUCCAAGAAGCAAGACUCCAAGCAGGACGAGAACAACAAGCAGGCACCACAGCAGCAUGUGGCCCAAAUUACUGCGGCUUAUCUGGAAAAAUCACUGAAAGCAACUCGACCCUCUAUAACGGAAGAAGAGAGACAGCGAUUGCAAGCGAUAUAUAACGAGUUUGUAACCGGGCGCACAGGAGAGUUGCCAUCCGGAGAAGGAGCCAAGGGUGUCGGGAAACGAACCACCCUAGGUUGA